AGCGCCUUAAAAAGGGUUCUUUUGGACAAACAAAAGAACCCCAUUAAAAGGAAGGAAAUUCAAGCACUACUUAGUAUCGAGAAAGAAGAAAAGAAGACAUCUUUUCUCUGAGUCUGAGCAAUAGAAAUCUGGCUUUGAGAGAUGACGACAAAUGAAUUUGAGUUCGUGAAUAUUAAGACACAUUCUCUCAAAGUACACAUUAACUGUGAAGGAUGCGUGCAGAAAGUAAGAAAACUCCUCAGGAAGAUCGAAGGUGUCUAUAGUGUACACAUAGAUGCAGAAGAGCAGAAGAUCACAGUCACAGGAAAUGUAGAUUUUGCUACUUUAAUCAGAAAGCUGGGCAAAGCUGGUAAACAUGCAGAGCCUUGGUCUCCAAGUUCCAACCAAACAAAAGCUCCUAUGAAUGGCCUCAAUUUAGCCUCUGAAAAUCAGCUUUUGCUCCCACCUUUCUUUGGCAGUGAAGGCCAACAUGGCUGGGGAUCUGGUAAUUUUGUGGAUGGAAAUGGAAAUUUGAUUGGUGCUGCUCAUCAUGGAAAAUUGCAGGGCGAUGUUUUUCCCAUGAUGGGCCGUACGGGUUUUCAUGGCAAUGCAGAAGAAGGGCUUGAAUUUCGUGGCCUGCAAGAUUUCUCUGCAGGAUUUCCAGCAGUAGGUGAAUAUGGUAAUUCAAGACCUGUGAUGUUGACCAACUCAGAAGGGUACCCUCACACUAAUUUUGCACCUGCCUUCAUGAUCCCGCCUAACACUUCUGCGGCUCAGUAUAACGCUGAAUCAGCAACACCCGCUGUGGCAGGAAAAUAUAUACAUGCUUUAAGGAAUGAAAUGAUACUUGUGGUACUGAAAUUCACUCAUCGGCCUAAAUCUCGACAUGUGUCCUUCGAGAUUCAGAAACUAACGUGAGGGCCAUGGGAAGUUCUUCUGUCUAACAUUGGAAAAAUCCAAAUGGACCAAUUCUUCCCUACAAACGGUUGGGUACAACUAUGUGUUUAUUUCUCUUAUCAUACAACUAUGUGUUUAUUUCUCUUAUCAUACAAAUUAGCACGCUACGAGAGUGAUAACCCCAUUAUUACAUACAAAUGUAAGCCACAAGCAUAGGUUGCACUUCAUUCUGAAUGAAAUGAUACUUGCAAGACCGAGAUUCACUCAUCAGACCACAAGAAGUUCUUCCAU